AGUUAACCCAGCUGUUUCUGUCCGUCCCCCCAGAUGAGAACCUGUCCCUGUGCUGGCAGCACGUCACAGCAGACCUGGUCUGCCAGAGUCCUCUGCUUGGGGCCCAGGUCACCUUCAUGGACUGCUGCUGUCUGUACGGGGAGGGCUGGGGUAUGGAGUGUGCCCUGUGCCCCCCCACCGACUCCGAGGACUACUCCUCUCUGUGCAGCUCCUUCCUCCCUCUGUUUCCAGACCCCGGAGCUGAAACCGGAGUGAGACCAGGAGCCGGACGAGGCCGCGGGGGGGCAGCUCCUCCGUACCCCCCCUACAGUCCAGACUCGUUCCCUGCAGCGCUGCCCCCUGACUACGAAGACUACUCUGCAGCGGGCGGCAGCAGGACGGCCUUCAGAGGGAGGACACCGGACGGGUCCUACGGCCGGCAGGAGUACAGCACUGGUUAUUACCCUGAAGGAGACUUCGGCCCCCCCGAUGCCGACCCCCGGGCCGAGAGAGGGUUCGGGGCGCGUCCCCCCCCCCCGGCCCGGCCAGACGCCCCCCCCCUCAGCCUGUCUCCCUACGAGCUGCAGCCGGACCCGGAGGACACGGAGGAGCCGUGGAGGCCGUCCCCCCCGUUCACCGGGAGACAAGGGGGGGGGACGCAGCGCAGGGUCUAUGAGA